AUGUGGGCAGUCCUGCCAUCCGAAUGGAAGUAUGGGGCUGCGGGUUGCGUGGCGGGCUUAACGACGACUGUGUUGCUUCAUCCUUUGGACGUGAUCAAAACCAGGAUGCAAGUUCAGGAUGGGCAUGGCGUUGCCCUGCCCAACUACAGGGGGGCACUGCACUGCAUGCGCAGCAUUGUGCUGCAAGAGGGCUGGAGGACUCUAUACGCAGGCCUGCUGCCUUCACUGCUGGGAUCAGGUGCUGCGUGGGGCCUGUACUUUCUUCUCUACAAUCAGAGAAAGGCAGCACGCCUUGGAACUUGCAGCCACACGGAGAUGGACACAUCCCAGCUCCUGAUGGCAGGACUGGAGGCAGGCUGUAUGGUCAGCAUUCUGACAAAUCCCAUCUGGGUGAUCAAAACUCGUCUCCAAUUGCAGUAUGGAGGGGUCAGAGGCUCAAGCCCCUCUGUUUUGGCCCCUGCGGCUGGGACUUGUGGAGUGCAUGGGAUGCACCGCAGCACUGCAUACCACGGCUUGGUGGAUGCUAUGAGGCGCAUUGGACGGGAGGAAGGUAUCCAUGCUUUCUAUCGAGGGCUGGGCCCCAACCUCCUGUUGGUUUCGCAUGCUGCAAUUCAGUUUGCAGUUUAUGAACACCUCAAGGUGGCAGCACUUCUGACGAGCGGGCCCGAAAAGGAGAAAGGAAGCCGGCACUUGGGUCCAUUCCAGGCAACCUUAACUGGGGGCCUAGCGAAAGGGGUGGCGUCGAUGUCUACCUAUCCAUUCCAAGUUUUGAGAUCUCGCAUGAUGCAGAGGUGUGACUCUGGGCAGCCUCUGACCUAUGGGAGCACGUGGGGUGCACUGGCGUUGACUGUGCACCGAGAGGGUCUGAGAGGCCUGUACAAAGGGUUGGGUCCAAAUCUGGUCCGUGUCAUGCCCCAGUCCUCACUGAUGUUCAUGGUGUAUGAAGGGGCUUUGCGCGCGCUAGAUGCACUGUGA